AUGUACUCGAUGUUGGUUUGCGUUUUGUUGGCGACGGCUGCCGCGGCCCCAGACCACUACGGACCGCCUCAGACCGGCUUCUAUGGCUUUCCCGGGCCCUAUUCAGGUCCAGUCAUUCCCAUCCUGAAGGACGAGCGAGAGGGACCUGAUGCGUCUGGAGUGUACAGCUUCGAGUUCGAGACCGGCAAUGGCAUCAAGCGAGAGGAACAAGCUUCACUUCCCGAUGGCUCUCCCGCCGACGUGACCUUCGUCGCCGACGACGCUGGUUUCCGCGUGGAGUCCGACCUGCUGCCCACGCCCCACCCCCUCCCCGCCCACGCCAUCGCCCAGAUCGAGAAGGCUCGUCGGGAGGACGCAGCUGCUGCCGCUCUGAGCGGGCGUUACUCCGCCCCUCGGACUAGCUAUGGAUACCCUUAA